AUGAAUUGGUUAGUCCUGUCAAUUAUCGCGUUGACAGUAGCAUCGUUGAGUGUGGAGGGCUUCACCCUCAUCGAGCCCCUGAAAACUGUAUUGUCAUCGUUCUAUCCUGAUAAGCCUAGCACCGAGAUGACUGUGGAGAGGGACACGAGGGAGUCAGUGGAGUACCAUCACGUGUGUCCUUCGUGCGUCAAAAAUCGUGUUGUCAGCGAUGGAGUGGAUCAGAUGCUCAAUGAAAUCAGAGUUGAGUAUGUCAAACAGCAGAUCCUGAAGAAACUGAGACUGUCGAAACCACCGGAGGUUACAAUCUCAAUCUCCACCCUGCCUAAGCCGCUCAUCAAUGGCCACGUGCUUGAAUUACGACCCGGUGAGCCCAUGGAACCGGAGAAACAGGCCGAGAGCUUUUAUGGAAAAACCGAUCAGAUCGUGGUUUUUCCGAAUGAAGGCCCGACUGACCUCACCAAUUGUCGAACAACCUCGAAUCAUUUGACUGGCUUCAGUCCUGCGGCGUGUUUCACGUUUAAUCUACCUGCGGAAAUGCAAUUUGUGGCUGUCACAUCGGCCGAUCUAUGGUUUUACAAAGAGAACGAUGAGAAUGAUGUUUUUGGACAGACUUUUGUGCUUUCCGAGCUCGAUCAUUGGGAUCAAGGGGGGAGCUUUGAAAAGAACACGAUUAUGGCGAUUUUUGAAACGUCUAUUGAGGAGGGAUGGGUGAAAACGGACGUUGCCUUCACCAUAAGAAAAUGGGUGGAGAAACACCGAUUGAAUCACGCAAUGCAAAUAGCCUGCAGUACCUGCUCAAUAGACCGUGAAAAUGCACCAGUGUCAACUGAAAUGACCUUAAAGCCGUUUCUAGUUAUUCACACAUCGCCAUUGCCUCAAAAAAAUCGUCCAAAGCGCAAUUCAAAUUGCUUACCGGAAAUGAAAGAGUGCUGCAGAGACGAUUUGUACAUAAGCUUCGAGGAGAUUGGAUGGAGUGAUUGGAUCCUCCAUCCGAGUGGCUAUCACGCUUAUUUCUGCCGAGGAUCGUGCACAUCGGCUGCUUCGUUAAUGAUGAGUGGCUCUCCAUACAACAAUGUCAUUAGAAAAUGGUUGACAAAGAACAGCAGCAUACACCGACGCGGUAGCGAAAUAGUACCCUGCUGUUCGCCAACUCAGCUCUCACCUAUCCAGCUACUCUACGUAGACUCAAAUAAUACGAUAACCCAGAAAACACUGCCGAACAUGGUGGUAGAGGCGUGUGGAUGUAUGUGA